AUGUCAAGCGAGCCUAGUGCCCCCGGCGCAUCGCCCAGGGCCCCGCGACCUGGGGCCCAGAAGUUAUCUGGAUCGGUGACCAAGAAGGGGGACCGCGGGGCUAAGGACAAGCCCGCGACCGCCCUGCCGCCGCUGGGCGAGGACGAGCUCAGAAACCCCGAGGAGUACCAGUGUUGCGGGGUCCUGGAGACGGACUUCGCCGAGCUCUGCACGCGCUCGGGCUACACGGACUUCCCCAAAGUUGUCACCCGGCCUCGUCCCCACCAGACCACCCCGUCGACCUCCACGACAGAAAAGUCCUCCCAAGAGGAGCGGCGGCUGUCAGGGUCCAACAGCAUCAACGGCCUGGACAGCAAAUACGCGUUCUUCCGGCCCACCAUCCAGGUGGAGCUGGAGCAGGACGACAACAAGUUAGUGAAGGAGAUUCACAUCCGCGGCUGGAAGGUGGACGACAGGAUGCUGACCGUCUUCUCCAAGUGUCUGCCCUCCCUCAGCCAGCUGCAGGCCAUCAACCUGUGGAAGGUGGGGCUGACGGAUAAGACCCUGGCCACCUUUGUCGCCCUCUUGUCUCAGUGUUCAUCCACACUCAGGAAGUUGUCCUUGGAGGGGAACCCACUACGGGAACAGUCCUAUCACAAGCUCAUGGGGCUGGACAGCACGAUCACGCACUUGUCCCUGCGGAACAACGACAUCGACGACCGCGGGGCGCAGCUCCUGGGCCAGGCGCUGUCCACGCUGCAUAGCUGCAACCGGAACCUGGUGUCGCUGAACCUCGCCUUCAACCACAUCGGGGACAAGGGCGCGGGCUUCAUCGCGGACGGCCUGCGGCUGAACCGCUCGCUGCUCUGGCUGUCCCUGGCCCACAACUGCAUCCGGGACGAGGGCGCGCUGAGGCUGGCGGAGGUCCUGCGUCCCUUCGAGCUGAAGCCCGCGGAGGUGGUGGAGCGCCGGCGCCUGCUGCUGGAGAAGGGCACGCAGGAGCGCUCGCCCUCCUCUUCUCGACAUGGGGACUCUAAAAUGGAUCGUGAAAAGUCUCAGCUUGUGGGGAUCAGUAGUUCUUUGGCGGUGGAUAAGCAGGAAAAGGUGCAGCCAACGAAAACGCCCAAGAGCCCAGGGAAGAAGAAGGAGAAGUCAGCGGAAGUGGUCAAGAAGGAGGAGAAGUCAGGGUCUAGUCAGUCACCCAUACAAGGAACCCCUAAGAAAGAAGACAUAGCGAAGUCAAGCAAGGGGAAGGUGAACAUCCCGGAGCAGAAGAUAAACAAGGGAAAAGGGACGAAGACGGGAAGCAAAGAAAAACGCAGCACCCUUCUGGAGUCCGAGCUGGUUGUCGAAGCGAUGGAGACAGUCAACCCUCUCCUGGAGCCCGUGGAGCACCGAGAUGGGAAGGUUUUCAUGCCUGGGAACAAAGUCCUCUUGUACCUCAACCUCCUCCGAAAUGAAAUCACCGAGGUGGGCCUGGAGGGCUUCCUUACAGCAGUGCAGUUCCAGGUGCAGCUUUCGAAGACCAAGACUUUGUCCAAGGGCCCCUCGGGGCUGUUAUGGCUGUCCCUGGCGAAAAACUGCUUUGACCCACAGUGUCCAACGCACACCAUGAUCCAAGAGCUGAUGCUGCCGAGGGACCCUGUCAAGUCCAAGUUCCGGGAGGAGGAGGCUGCCGCCUUCCCUACUUAGCCCCCCCCCCCAGCCCUCUGUCCCCGCGCCGGCUCACCUCACUGAGGAGCUCUCGGCACAAUUCACAGACUGUAGCUGUAUUUUUGAAAACUGUUCCAGAAUUACUUAGAACACUUGGACUUGAGUCUGUUCAUGUUAAAUGGCCAGAGAUGGCAGAGUGAUGCCAUCUGAGUCACUUCAUGGCUCUGUUGGGGGGCAACCUCAGCCCCUGACAAGCAACAGAGCCAGGGCCCCCGCUUGGCCCUCUGAGCUAGUGCCGUCCCCCAGUGAGCCCCACUGUACCCCAACAGUCGCACCGCCGGCUAGUGCGUGCACGCGGCUUGAAGG